AUACUUUUCUUCAACAGUCACUGACAACAAUGAAAAGAUCAGCUGAUAAUAUCAAAGAUCCAUUAUUCAGAUUUUUUGAACGAGAGGUGAACCUUGGAGCUAAACUUUUAGAAGAUGUACGUCAAGAUUUGAAUGAAGUUAUUCAAGUUUGUGACACUAAGAAAAAACAGACCAACUAUCAUAGAGCAUUAAUUGGUGAUCUUGUUAAAGGUAUUCUUCCAAAGUCAUGGAAUCUUUACACUGUACCAACAGGAAUCACUGUCAUUCAGUGGAUUUCUGAUUUCAGUGAGCGUAUAAAACAACUGCAGAAACUAUCUACUGCCACAGUGUCAGGUGGUGCCAAGGAACUCAAGAAUCAGCAUGUUUGGUUAGGUGGUUUAUUCAAGCCUGAUGCGUAUGUGACAGCUACACGUCAAUAUGUAGCUCAAGCCAACAACUGGUCAUUGGAAGAAUUGUCCAUGAAGGUAUCUGUUUCUGAUGAUGGUAAACAAGUCAGUCUUGAUGAUUGUAGUUUCUCCAUUAUAGGAUUGAGACUACAAGGUGCAACUUGCUCUGGUAACUUGCUCCACCUGUCAAAUCUAAUAUCAACAGAAUUACCAUUCACAAGUUUCACCUGGACCAGAUUAUUAGGAGAUAUGAAAGUCAAAGCUUGUGAAGGCAAGAUAACAUUACCAGUGUACUUGAACCACACAAGAUCUGAAUUGCUGUUUACUGUUGACUUAGCACCAGCUACAGAUGUUAAAGCUGAUACAUUCUGUGAACGUGGUGUUGCCUUGCUUUGCUCUGGAGCUUUCCAGUAGAAAUCAAUAUCAUUCUGAAAAAUUGCAUUUUAAAAUUUUUAGGAAAUUGAAUCAAGCAGAUAAUGUGUAGAAAUUAAAUUUAUUAAUAUUUGAUAUGCAUGCUUUCAUGAUAAUCAAACUUAUAGAUUUAUAUGGCAGUAUAUUAAAAGAUUGCAUCAUCGUAUCAUAAAAAUUGUGUUUAAUCACAUUAAGAAUAUAUCAUGUGCUUUGACUAAACAGUUUGUUACAGUAGUAAUGGUGACCAGUUAAAAAAUGUUCUUCAAAUAAUUGUAUAAUGUGUUUUAAAUUUAGAUUAAAUUGUAUUGAAGGAUUCUGAACAGUAAAAACAUAUUUUCUUGCAAUGUCGCUCCUCCAUAAAAUAUCAAACGCUGUGAUUCAUUAGAUUUUGCAUUAGUAAUAAAAUAUAGAACCCCAAGAAUGCAAUGUACUUGUAUGUGCUUAUCAGUGUUUAAUGAUUGUUCAAUUUUGCCUUCAUUUGUGUUCUAUAUUUCACUGAAAGUCUUCAUUGAGUAACGUGGCAUCAUUGGUGAGGUAUUCAUGUCAGAUCCUGAACAGAUAUUUUGAGUGCAGGUCAAAUUGCAUCAUUUGUUGAGGACUUUCAAUAAAAUAUCAAUGUAUUUGUUUUUUGGUCUAGCUCGGUAGAAUAAAAUUAGUUGUAUGCAAAAA